AUGAUGACUUCAGUGAGCAGUGACCGUUCGCGAAGCGCUCGGGAAAAAACACAGAUUUCAGCAACACAGGCAACACAGCCACAGAAACAAGUAGCACAGGCAACAGCUGAACAGAUGCGUCUCGCUCAAGUGAUCUUUGAUAAGAAUGAUUCAGACUUUGAAGCUAAAGUUAAACAGCUUAUGGAAGUGACAGGGAAAAAUCAGGAUGAAUGCAUAGUGGCUCUACAUGAUUGUAAUGGAGAUGUGAACAAAGCUAUCAAUAUAUUGCUGGAGGGGAAUUCGGAUACAACCUCCUGGGAGACUGUAGGAGGUAAGAAGAAGAAUUUUGGAAAAGAAAGUUCAGAAAACAAAGAGAAUAGAGAGAAGAGAAGUGAGAGGGAAGCGAGCCGUUCACGGGGAAACAACAACCGGAAAGGAAGAGGCAGCAAUCGUGGCCGAGAGUUUAGGGGUGAAGAGAAUGGGAUCGAUUGCAAUCAAGGGGACAAGCCUUCAGAUCGUGGCAAACGAACUCGUGGUAGUAGAGGAUUUGGACGUGGCAGAGGGAGAGGGGCAGGAAGGUUCUCCACUCAAGGAAUGGGGACGUUUAAUCCUGCGGACUAUUCAGAUUCUCCGUCCACAGAUGGAUGUGGGACAAAACCAGUAGUUUGGGAAGCUGCUCAGAAUGGUGCAGAUGAGGGAACCGAACUGGCACCAAAUACUCACAAGGUAGCUCAGGAUCUGACAAACAAAAGUUCUUUUGGACUCAGAGGGGCCUGGAAGAGUUCUGUAGAAGAAUGGACAACAGAAGACUGGACUGAAGAUCUUUCUGAAACAAAGGUCUUCACUGCUUCAUCUGUUCCAGCAGAGAAUCAUGUCACACCGGGGCAAAGCAUUGAUCUAGUAGCCUUGCUCCAGAAGCCUGUUCCUGCCAGUCAAGUGUCAGAAGUCAACUCCUUUGAAUCUUCCCAAAAGCAGGGCUUCGGCCAAGCUCUGGUCUUCACAAAUUCUCAACACAACAAUCAGAUGGCACCAGGGACUGACAACUCCACUGCUGUCAACUCCUAUUCUCCUCAGAGUCUGCCUUCUGUCCUUGGUUCUGGAUUUGGAGAGCUUGCACCUUCAAAAAUGGCCAGCAUCACGAGCUCCCAGAUUUUGGAGCAGUUGAAAGCUCCAAGCUUGGGCCAGUUCACUACCCAGAGUUCACAGCAGAAUAGCACGAGUCCUCCAACAACCACUUCUUCUUGGGAACUCAAGUCUACAGCAUCCCAAGCAUCAGUCCUUAGUCAUUUUGACUUUAAAUCUCAGCCUGAGCCAUCUCCAGUUCUUAGCCAGUUGAGCCAGAGACAGCACCAAACCCAAGCAGUGUCUGCUCCUCCUCCUGGGUUGGAGUCCUUUCCAUCCCAGGUCAAACUCCGAGAAUCCACAUCCAGAGACGGUACCUCCACUGUGAACAAACUUCUGCAGCUUCCCAGCAUGACUGUUGAAAAUAUUGCUGUGUCUGCCCACCAACCGCAGUCCAAACACAUCAAACUCUCCAAACGGCGGAUACCUCCUACUUCUAAGAUCCCAGCAUCUGCAGUGGAAAUGCCAGGGUCUGCAGAUGUCACAGGAUUGAAUGUUCAGUUUGGCGCCCUGGAAUUUGGAUCAGAGCCCUCUCUCUCUGAAUUUGGAUCAGCUCCAAACAGUGAAAAUAGCAAUCAGCUUCCUAUCAGCUUGUAUUCAAAGUCUUUAAGUGAUCCUUUGAAAGCUUCCUUACCAAUGACCAGUGCAGUCCAGGACUCCACCUAUACAACUUCAGUCAUUACUUCCUCCAGUCUGACCAGCUCAUCCCUGAGCUCCUCUAGUCCAGUAACAACGUCUUCCUCCUACGACCAGAGUUCUGUGCACAGCAGGAUCCCAUACCAAAACUCUGUGAGUCCAUCGGAGUCAGCUCCAGGAGCCAUCACAAAUGGACAUGGUGGUGGUCGAAGUCAGCAGACUCUAGACACUACUUCAUCUGUUCCAGCUCCAAAGACAACAGACACUCCCUCUGCACUUGCAUCUGUGGCCUCCCUGGCCAGCACCACCUCCUGCACUACACUUCUACCGUCCACAUCCCAGCACACUGCUGCUUUGCCCUCUUUGUCUCAGCCUGGGGACCUAUCCAGCAGCUCCCUCUCUCAGCUUAGCAGUUCACUCUCCAGCCGUCAGAACAGCCUCUCCUCUGCACAUGCAGCCCUCUCCUCAAGCACAGCACUCACACAUGCCAGUGUGGAGAGCACCCCAUCCCUCCAGUCUUCAGCCACCUUCUCAACAGCAACAACCUCCGCCUCGAGUGCCACAUCCUCAGGGGUCAGCCUUCCCAGUAGCAUGAACCCAGUGAACAGCCUCUGCCUGGGUGGGACCACCGUGAGUGCGGCCAGCAGCAGUACCAGGGCCGCACCCUUGGUCACCUCAGGCAAAGCGCCCCCCAACCUGCCCCAGGGGGUGCCUCCGCUGCUGCACAACCAGUACAUCGUGGGUCCAGGAGGACUGCUUCCCGCCUACCCGAUUUAUGGUUACGAGGAACUCCAGGUGCUACAGUCCCGGCUGCCAGUGGAUUACUAUGGAAUUCCCUUUGCUACGCCCACAGCCCUUGCCAACCGAGAUGGGAGCCUAGCGAAUAAUCCAUAUUCAGGUGACGUCACCAAGUUUGGCCGAGGUGACUCUGCAUCCCCUGCACCCCCCACCACACUAGCGCAACCACAACAGAGUCAGCCUCAGAGCCACCACACAGCCCAGCAGCCCUUUGUGAAUCCCACGCUGCCACCAGGCUACAGCUACACUGGCCUCCCGUACUACACAGGCGUGCCCAGUGCCUUCCAGUAUGGACCCGCCAUGUUUGUCCCUCCAGCCUCAGCCAAGCAGCAUGGUGUGAACCUCGGCACCCCCAGCACGCCUUUCCAGCAGGCCAGUGGCUAUGGCCAGCACAGCUACAGCACUGCUUAUGAUGACCUGACCCAGGGGACAGCAGCUGGAGACUACACCAAAGGCGGCUAUAGUGGAUCAUCACAAACACCAAACAAGUCUACAGGUUCUGGGCCUGGCAAAGGACCAUCAGUGUCUUCAAGCACCACUGGUCUACCUGAUAUGACUGGUUCUGUCUACAACAAGACUCAGUCUUUUGAUAAGCAGGGAUUUCAUGCAGGAACCCCUCCACCAUUCAGCCUGCCCUCAGCCUUGGGCUCCACUGGGCCUCUGGCCCCUGGAGCUGCCCCUGGCUACGCGCCUCCCCCGUUCCUGCACAUUUUACCUGCCCACCAGCAGCCCCACUCUCAGCUGCUGCACCACCACCUCCCACAGGAUGCCCAGAGUGGCUCUGGUCAACGCAGCCAACCUAGCUCCCUGCAGCCCAAGUCCCAAGGCUCGAAGCCCGCCUACGGCAACUCUCCAUACUGGACAAACUGA